CCGUUUCACACGGUGCUUUGAAUUUCAGAUUUGGUUAGGACGACUUGAACGACUUAGAAGUAGUCUGUGUAGCAAUGUGGUUAUUCCAUUAGGGUGCACGAAGUCCGUAGUUAACCUCGAAAUUCUGAAUUAGGCAGCUUUCUCUGGCAUCGAAAAAUUAUAGCAUGAUUGAACAGGAAGAGCUUAUGAAAAGUAAGAAAUCACUGUUGAAGAAAUACGAAAUUCCAAUCGACCACAUUUCAUUCGAAUACGUAGAAAAAUGCAACGAUCGGAAGGAACUGGAAAAAAUCGUGAAAAUACUGAGAUCAGGUGAAGAAGGGCAUUUUCCACUGCUUACUCAAUGCGCCGAAACUCGGCUCAGGCAAGUAGCUCCAGAGAGUCAUGUUUUGCGAACUGAGGAGCCCACACUAACGAAAUCAACGCUGGAACCUGACCAUUGGGACAGGGUUUCUAAUGAGAUAGAGGAAUGGACUGGUGAAAUGAGGACACGUGAGGAGGAACUGAAGAAAAGCAGCAGUAUCUAUAAGUCUUCAGAUGAUCUUCCAGCUGUUCGCAACGUAAAAAUGAGCAAGAUGCUGGGCUCUCAUAAUGACAAGCAGGAGGCUGGGCCAUCACGGAUGAAGAGUGCAGUACCUCGAAAUUACGCUGAUUGGGAUAAGUUUGAUGUAGACAAGGAGCUCCUCAAGAUGGAGUUGGAGGAUGAGCGGAGGAAAGAACAGGCCAUGAAGAAGAAAAGGCAACAAGAGAAAGAGAAGAAAAAGAACAAAAGAGAUGAGGAUGAUACAUUUUCAAAUAUAGCUGACAACCUCUCGGCCACAGAGAAGGAGUUCAUGGCAGCACAGGAGAAGGAUCGAGGCAAUGAAUAUUACCGUUCUGGUGACUAUGACCUGGCAGUGAAGCACUACACUUGCAGCAUUUUGCUCUGCCCGACGCCAGCUGCUUAUAAUAAUAGGGCAAUAGCAUACCUAAAGCUUCACAAGUUUGGAGCAGCACUUACAGAUUGCAACCAGGUGUUGGAAGCAGACCCAUUGAAUGUAAAGGCUUUGCUUCGGCGGGGAACUGCACACCAGAACAGCAACAAUUAUGAACAGGCUUUUGAAGAUUUCUGCAAAGUUGUGGGGCUUGAACCAGAUAACAAAUUGGCAAAAUCCCUUUCUGAACAGAUGAAGAAAAAGUGUGGAUCUAAUCUGAAGAGUGUGAGAAUGACUAUUGAGGAUGAACCUACUGGCUUUGUGUUUCCUGCACCACGACACAAUGUGGCAGUAAAUGAAUGGGGCUUAGCAAAGACAAUGUGCAGAUGCAAUGGCAUUCCAGCCUGGUCAUGCAGGACUGCUCCUAAAUGUAGGAUCUGUAAAAGGAAGCGAGCUGACCGAAGAACAGAGAAAGAGGAGGAAAGGCAGAAGAUAAAACAAGCCACUGAAGAUACAUCUGAGAUGGGUGAGGAAAGAGGCAGUAUUGUUGUGAAGGUCACUCCUGCUGCUGAUGAUGGUAGAGAUGAACAAAGUAAUGAAAACAUAAGCAGUGAUCAGAUGCAAAUUGAUGAGAAAGGAAGUGGGGAUAUAUUGGCAACAGAGAAAUCUAUGGAGAAUGUUGUCCAGGAAAAUUCAGAACUGCCACUUCAUAAGGACUUGAUAAGUUCUGAACUUGAUUCAAGGAAAGGAAGUAGAGAACUGAGAGAACAGAGGGUAGAACUUGAAAAUAUGUUAGAAAUAAAAAAAUUGAAAGAUGCAGAAGGGAAAGCUUUUAUGAGUAGAGAUAAUAAUGUAGCGAUGGAGAAAAGAGAAGGAGGGAAUUUUGAGUCGGAUAAGAAAGAAGUAAAGCAAACAACUUCUGAAGUAAAACUGAAACUUCCUUUAAGCAGUGACAUCAGUACAGCCAUGGAAACAGACAAGAGAGGGGAUACAAGGGUAAACAAAAAAAAUAUAGGAAACGCGUCACUAGAAGCAAAUAAAUUGAAAAAUGAAAAACUUUCAGUGGGUAACAGUAACAGCAGUAAUGAAACAGUGCAGACAGAAGGAAAUGAAGAGAAGAAUACACCAUCAGAAGCAUCAGGAUUAAAGGAUACGAAGCAGAAAAUUUCACCAGGCAUUGGCAACACUGAACCACAGCAAACAAAAGUGAAGGUAGCUAACAAGUACAAAGUGAAUGAGAGAACAUCACGAGAGGUACCCAUAGAGUGUAGUACAAAACAGUCAGCGCAUGAGGAAGGCCAAAGUGUGAACAUAAUUACUUCUCCGUAUGAGUUUAUGAAGGUGUGGCAGGCUCUCAAGGGGAGCACAGAUGUCUCUGGACAUGCACAGGUGAUGCGAGCUGUCCAGCCUGUAGACCUCCAAACUGUUGUUGGAAAUAAGCUGGAUGGUCCUAUGCUGAGUACCAUUCUUCAUUGCCUAGAGAAACAUUUUGCACCUGAGUUGGCCCUGGAGUACCUGGAAAAACUUGUCUUGCUUCCCAGGUUCAACAUAGCAGGGUCUUUUCUUGAAUCCUCAGAAAAACAAGCUGUGCAUCUUUUAUUGAAGGAGCUACAAAAUCUUGGCCAUCACCCAUCUGUUACCGUGUGGGAAGCUUUCCCCUGCUGAUGUACAAUUACACACAUGAACACUUGGCUAAGGCCAUGUGGGAAGUAUUCAUUUGCUGGUCUUCGGUUAUUGCAAUCAGUUCUUCACCGGAAACUGAUCUCCUGUUGACUUAUAGUUACAAGUAAAUGAUUGUCUAAUUGUGGCUGUCUAAAAGGGACACACAUUUUGAUGUAAAGUUACAAUUGAGUGUUGUUCAUCUGACACAUUUUAUAAAGGAUUUUAUCUGCUGUUAUGUAUUACAAGAAAAUAUGACCUUUGCAAAAGUAUUCAUCUACCAUUAAUCAGCAGAUGAUACUGUGAUGACCUUGUGAUACACAGUUAACAAGGAAUCGUUUUCAUAGCAUGCUAUAGAAAUGAGCCAUGUAAAAGAAAGUACAAUGUUUUGUUGAAAGCAUUUGUGUCAGGUGACAUCAAAUCUUGCAAAAUUUUAAUUAAAAAAUAUGCUAUUAUGUGUUUUUCUUGAUGUUAGCAUAUGUUUAUGAUUAUUAAUAUUGAUGCACUACUAAUUAUGUUUGUGUUGCUGUUUAGUUUAAUUGUAAGGAAAUUUAUGCUUGAAAGAAUUUCUGUGUAGUGUUUCAUAUUCUGGAUUACAAUGCCAAAGGUUCA